AAGAAAUUUGGACAUUUUAGGCGAUAUGAAAAAGAUCUUAGAAAUAUUGCAAAAGCUUAGCCAAACAGGUAAGUGGAAGUGGGUGUUGCACUACAGGGACAGCCGUCGCCUCAAAGAAAACGCACGGUUGUAUCCCAAAGCUAAAGAGAAAACUGACCUAUUGAACAAAUGCAAAGAAGAUGGACUGUUAGACAUUUUGCCUUAUCAUGAAUGCGAUCUUGUGUCAAGACAAGAGCCAAACUAUCUUCAAUGCCUUUGCCAUCAGCAGGUCCAAAAUAUAUCAUUCCGGUAUCCUGUUUUUGUCACUGAUUCUGAAACAGAUGGCGUGUUUGAAAAGAAUGGGAUUUUGACAAUGACUGUCAACUCUUUCUUGAUGGGAUUGCUCAGUAAAACCAUUUAUGGCUUUACAUGAAAAAAAAAAAAAAACAACAACUGGUGAUUGUGAAUGACAAUCAGUCACAAAUGUACUAUGUUAAGUACGACUUUCUUCUUUAUGACAAACACUAUCAUUUUUGGAUAGUAGAAUAAAACAGACUAUUGGGAUUAUUUACUUAUUGCAUUUUUUAUGUAAUUGGUUUUUAUGUGCUAAAACCUUAAUAUCGACCUGACGUUUGUCUUUUAAUUGUUAAUCGUAUUUUGUACAGCUAACCAUAUCUAUACUUAUUUACAUAUAUACUAAAAUCCUGAGUUUGUAUAGUAAGUGUAUUGACAAAGACAUUUGAUGUUUUGCAUUAAAAUUGUAUAUUUUC